AUGUAUCAUAUGCUCCCGUUUGCAUAUCGACCGCAGGCCAACUAUACGCGGGCUCAACAUGGCGAAUUUCAACGUUUCGUAGAGGAUUGUGUCGGAAAAAUUCUUCAAGAAUCUGACAUCAUCGAUGCCGACCAUCUGAUCGGAAGAAAAUUAUUCAACUCGCUUGACGCAUUCUUCUCGUAUGGAUUGCUGAGCGCCGACCGUGCCUACUGGAGAUGCAUCCGGACCUUUCUCCCGCGUGCUGAGCAAAAAAUGCUGAUCGCCGAGUGUGGAAAUGCGAACGAUCGCUUCUUGUCCAUCGGAUGGUUGAAGACGUCGCUCAACAAGGGAACUCUGAAUUUCAUGCUCCUCGCUCUCAACAACACGUGCAAUAAGGUGUACCUCACCAAGUUCUACCACGCAAACGCCUGCAUUCGCAACAAUGGAAUGUUGGAGGCUAUCACCGAUAUGGUCGAUCGUCUUCAAGCUGUUCAGUUUGCUUUCUACAGCACUCGCCAGCUCCGUGCCGAGGUCGCCCCAGCCGCUGUCAUCGAAACACCUGCCGUUCAGAUCUCCUCGAGAGCUGCUGCUCGUCAACGCAAGCUCACCGAAAAGGAAGCUACUCCAGACGUUCCCAACGUGAUCCCAACUGAGAUUCCAUCUCUUCUGUCCCAAGCCAUCGACCAAGAUGUUCUCCUCGACGAACUCGUUCGCAACCGUCAUAAUCGUCUCAACACUGAGCUCUACGACACUACUCUUCAGGAGAAUGACGAGGAGGAUGGGGCAUCUCCGUCUCAACUUGUCGAGGAGAAGUUGGAGGAUGUCAUGACCAAGAAGAUGUCGUGUGCUCACAUGGAAUCGAUGGAUCCAAAUGGGAUUGAAGAAAUCCUGGCUAUUGUCGAGCCGAAUGAAGUGUCGAUUCCAGAGUACAAUCUUGCCGAUGGAGAAUACCAAAUGAGCCAAGGAGACGUCCUAUACCUCGCCAUCAACAUCUUCGAAAAAUCAUCAGAGAAAAUCAUCGAGUGUUUCAAAGUAAUCGAGAGCUUUCACUCGGAUAGUAUGAAGCUUCGCUACUUUGUCAUGACCAACUACAACAUCUACGUUUUCAAAUAUCGUUGUCACACUCACAACGGAUCUCCAAAAAAUACCACCAACUUGUCAUCGGAAGGAUUCUUCAUUCCAACCAUUCGCAUGCCACACGAGCGUGUCAAGACAAUCAAGAUCAGUGUCGACAACCUUGCCUUUAUGGUUGAAGCCAACGAGGAAGGAUUCUGCCACUUUGUCCACAGUGAUGAGCGUGACGACAAAACAGUCUUCUCGUACUCGGCUGCCAUGGCUGGAUUGGAGUGUGGUGCUCACAUGAUCAACUCGCUCAUCCAAGUAGUCGAGCACAGUAGCUCUCCCGGUGCCACUCGCGUUGAGGUGGACGAUCAUAUUGGAUACAUGUGCAUGCUCCAGCCAAAUCUGGAGAAACAACUCCGACGCUCCCUUGACAUUCGUUCAGCUACUCUCUGCUUCUGGUACGAGCAGUCCCUUGAUGAACGUGAGCAAUCAACUGCCACAAAGUCGGGAUACUUGUUCAAGACGGUUGUUGGAAACUGGAUGAAGAGUACUGAAGAUGCGGAACAGAAGUAUUGCAUGAUUGUUGGCGAUUCGUUGCACUUGUUCACCGAUUCGAACUGCAAAGACGAAGAUAUGGUGAUCAGUUUGAGCGGAGCGACCGUCACCAAUAUGCAACGUUCAACGUUCCAACUCAAGUCAACUGAUGGUCAAUUCGAGUUCGAAUGUAGUUCGCAUGAAGAGCAAGAGGAAUGGAUCAAGAUUCUCACUCAAAUCAUUGAAAACAAAACCACAAAACCAUACAUGGCUCCAUGCCUUACGGUUGUCACUCAGCGCACCGUCUCAAUGGUUCAAGAGGGCGAGAAAUUCUGGAACGACGGAUUCUUGCGUCUUCUCGGCGAGCUCCGCUGCUACGAUUUCGAGCUUCUGAUUGUCGCUUUUCCACCAACAGACAAGGAGUGCUACUUUGCGAAUCGCUCUCCAGCCCUCUGCCUUGUCACCAAGGAAGGCACUAUCCACUACUUCUUUGUCCGCUUUGCCAAAGAACUUGAGCGUAUGGCAUACGCCAUGCAAAGCUCAUUCGAUAUUCAAUGGCUGAAACUCGAUGGAGAGGUGAUGAAUAGUUUUACUGGAAAGGCAAUCCACAACACUUGCUGCUCGGUCAAGAACCUUUGGCCAGUCUAA